AUGAUAUUUUUAACUGGUAUUAGUCGGAAGAAGCAUAAAAAUAUAGUACAAAUGAUAUUUGCUUUUUCUAAUAGAGUAGGCAAAGAUUAUAAGAUUUGUGAAUCAUUUGUUUUUGAAUUCUUACCCGACACACUUGCCUCAGUUAUCAAGAAAGAAAAACUCGAUGACACGGACAUUAAAAUUUAUACUUGGCAAUUAUUUAACGGACUUCGAUAUUUAAGCCUGCAUGAAAUAGUUCAUCGGGACAUAAAGCCUUUGAAUGUGCUCAUAGAUCACCCAUUGGCUCUGUUAAAAAUUGGCGAUUUUGGUUCCGCAAAAAUCAUCAGAAAGAUGACGAAAUCAACAGCGUAUCAGGUGACGAGAUUUUACCGGCCUCCUGAACUGCUAUUGGGGUCCGAAUACUAUAACUGGACUGUUGAUUUAUGGUCAGCUGGUUGCGUACUUGGAGAGAUGCUCCGCGGUAACGUGCUUUUUCCUGGACGGCAUUAUAAACACCAGCUGAAAUUGAUAUUCCUAUGUCUUGGCAGUCCAACUGAAGAAGACGUUAAGCUGAUGAAGGUUCCUACACGAAUACAGUAUAACGGUCGAGUUGUGGUUGGAACUGGAUUGGGUACGCUAUGCCCAGACGCUGACCCAGGACUGCUCGAUCUUCUCGGAAAAGUUCUGGUCUAUCGCCCAGGUGACCGUCUUUACGGUCGUCAGCUAUUGACAGAUCCUGCCUUCGCGUCAAUACUCAAACCUGGUGGCAAAAGAUCCAAUGGUCAAUUAAUCUCAACCGUUAUAACACCCGAAGAUAUAAAAGACGUGGAAGAUGACACUGGGAGCAAAACAAUACAGAUUGCCAUUACUCGGGAAAUGAAACGGAAACUCGACUUUUCUUGUGAUGAUCUCCAGAGGAAACCAUCAAAGACGAAGCAGAGGGUCGUGGUAAUUGAGAAGAAGUCGAGCCUAGAAUCCAGAGGGACUACAGAGACCAUCCAAGGGACCCUACCGUCAUCUGAUCAGUCAGUACCGGUAUGCCAGUUGCUUUACAGUGCUGCGGAUGCAUCAUAG